UCGAGCAUACUUCGAUUCGCAAGAUAGCGCGAAGCAAAGGGAGAAGAGAAGAGAAGCGCAAGAUGGAGUAUUACGGCAUUUCUGUGUGGCUUGUCAUGUAAUGACCAUCUGUGAUUACGAAGUGGGGAGCAGCGGAUUAUCACUGUUGUUGUCAUUUGAGGAACAUUGUGCUGUCUUGGCGUCGGCGAAGGCCACGCCAAGGCUCGUUUACCUUUGUAGAGUUUUGUGGAGGUCGAGGGCGGAGAGCAAGCAUGAUUGUGUGUGUGGCUGUUGUAGGACAGCAGAACAAUCCUCUCUAUCUGCAAAGCUUCACGAAUGGAGAUGAUGCUUUGAAGUUCCACUAUAUUGUUCACUGUUCUUUGGAUGUUAUUGAUGAGAAAGUUAGUAACCCUAAAAAACUAGGUGUCAGCUUGAACGAGACGUUCCUUGGACUCCUGUACCCGACUGAAGACUACAAAGUGUUUGGUUACCUGAGCAACACUAAAAUAAAAUUUAUUCUGGUAACGACCGAUCAGGACCUGCGGGACGCCGAUGUCAGGAAUUUUUUCAGACGUUUUCAUGCAGCCUAUGUCGAUGCUGCUUCUAAUCCAUUUCAUGUUCCGGGGAAAAGGAUCACGUCCCCUGCAUUUGCCGAAAGAGUGAGCAGCAUUGUGAAAGCUUUUGGAGCCGGCCAAGUGCCAUGACUGUAGAAAAUCCAAGUAGCCACGACUCGGGAAAGAUGGCAGACGUUGGAUAGGCAGUGAACUGUACGCAAUUUCAGACAGAGGUCUUACGCAGUGUCAUGCAACAUUUAGAUUCAGGAGAGGGUACAACAACAACAACUCUUGUACGAUGUGGAUUGCGAAGAAAUCUUGAAGUCGCACUGGAGCUGGUCAAGCAAGGUUAAUUUGAUUACAAAACGCCCUGUUUAAGUUGUGUCUCUCCAGUGGGACUGUAAAGGCUGGAGUGUAUAUAAACCCAUUUCUAUCGUUUCCUCUGCCUUCGAAGUAGUAACGAAGUACAGAUACUUGACAAUUCACACGUGACAUCUUUGUCGUAGUUUCCAUCUUACUCCAAGACCUGGAAAUGGCAGUGUUGAAUAAUAUGAUUUUGAUCAUUUUUCCUCCAGUAGCCAUCAAAAGCAAUUUUAUGUGAGUAGGUAUCCGGUUUUUUUCCCCGACACCAAACACUUUGCUUAUAUUCCAACCUGGGGCUCUGCGAAAU